AUGGUGAACCCAUUCAUGGAGAAACCCUCCCCUGUCUACUUUACGCAUGAAAUGGCAGCCAGUGAGCCAUCAUUUGAAACACAGAACUUGAAGAAAUGCGAUACCGAUUCAAAUGUUGAGAGGGAUCCCCUAAAUCCAAGGAAUUGGUCCUCGUCGAGGAAGACGAUGCUCUUUAUCUCACUAAUGACGAGCUCGUUGCUAGCAGAUGGAGCUAUGGUAUGGGGUGGAACGCUGGUCACGGAGCAGGCCAUGGAUUGGAAUAUUAGCAUCACUCAUUCGGCGACGAGUAUGAAUUAUGGUAUUCUGCUACAGGGGUUUGGUGGAAUUUUUGCUGUUCCGCUCAUUGAAGCGUACGGUCGUUUGCCGAUCUGGCUAUGGCCUCAGCUGAUCACCAUGUUCAUGGUGCUGGGCGCUACUCUCUCCAAUGAUUGGUCUACCUUCACAACGUUCCGCUCUUUGCAGGGUUUGUUUGGGACAGUGCCGCAGGUAAUUGGGCUUCCAAUCAUUCAUAAUAUGUAUACAUCUGAUGAAUGGCCGCGGAUGAUCAAUAUUUGGGGAACCACCUUCCUCGUCGGGCCGUUUCUUGGCCCUGCGAUAGCAGGAUACAUCAGCGCCGGGUCGGACUGGCGCACCUCAUUCGGGGUUUUGACAGCCAUCUAUGGCGUGUCCACGGCUAUGGUGAUUCUCUUUGGCUAUGAGACAUACCAUGAACCUGGAAGAAUGAUCAAACAGUCACGCGUUGCGUCUUAUUUUGGUGUUGGCAAUACCAUGCUUCCUAAAGGAUCGACCUUGAGUUAUUGGAGCCGAACAGUCCUGGUCUAUGUGUUCAAGUUCCCGUUGUUAAUGACUGGUGGGCAUCGCUAUCUUGGUGACAUUUACCUGGCCAAUUGCUUCUUGCACAGUCCUCCAUACUUGUUUGACACAAUCGAGGCAUCAUCGAUGCGAUUCGCUGGUGUGAUUGGAGCUCUAUGUGGCUGGGCGGUGGGCCAUUUUUUUAACGGCUGGAUAUUUCAGCGUCAUAGCUCAACUUGGCGAACGGAGCUCCGUCUCCAUGGCAUCUGGUUCCCGAUAUUCAGCAUGGCGAGCGGUCUUCUCACCUACGGACUAACCAUGCACUUUGGCAAGCACUGGAUCGGGAUAGCCAUGGGGUGGAUUAUGGUAAAUAUUGGCAUGGUAGCCACAAUUGUUGCCAUCUCAGCUUAUGCAUUGGAAAAGUACCCGGAGCAGGCGACCUGUGUGUCGGCCAUUCUGAAUAUGUGGCGCACGUGUGGAGGGUUCGCAGUGGGAUACUUCCAGCCUGCAUGGAUUCAGCGCAAUGGCCUCGGAUUGGUUUUUGGUAUUCAGGCAGCUAUUUUGUGUGUGGCUGUUGCCUUGACCAUCACUCCCGUGUUCUUGUGGGAGCGGAAAAAGUUGAAAGUUAAAGCAGAAGCAGAAGCAGAAGCAGAAGCAGAAGCUUGA